AUGGGGACACAUCAGUGUAAUGAAGGGCCAUAUGAACAAACUGGAAUUAACAGUGGUAUAAGGCAUACUGUACAGGGUUCGGAUACUAGUCUAAGCAUAUCUCCUACACUCCCCACCCAGGCCCUGCUACAAGGGGUGAUAGACAAUCCAAAUAGACUAAUAGAUAAUAACAAGGAUAAUCUUGACAAGGUAUUAGAUCAGGGAAAAGGUCGGUAG